UUGAAGUGAGUAUAAAUGCAACGCCUGCCUUUAAUCAACAAAUGCCACCGUGCUUUUCUUCCAUUCGAGGUUGUUUUACAUAAGUAUUCUGUCUUUUUUUUAACUUUAUUUGCAAAAUGGAUCAUUGCAAUAAAGUGAAGAAAGACAGAGCUGUAUUGUUCUUAGGCUAUUAGGAGCAAGUAGUCAAAGGAGUGCUGCACACAAGAGAGAACCACCGGUCUCAUGAGAGACUUCUUGGAGCUAAUGAGAGACUCCCAGAGAGGAUUAUGGGAAUCCCAAUCACUUCAAGCUUGACUCCAAACAAAAGAAAUCAUCCAGAAUCUUUGGGCCAAACAAAUGUGCCUACAAAUCAGCAAUGUAACAGGGGAGGGGGUGAACCACCACCUUUUAAACAUGAUAAUAAGAGUGUGUGUCAUAUAAAGUGCAAUAAAAAAAAAAGUGAUGCAUGCUGAAGAUGAUGUUAUUUCCAUCAGAUAGGGAAAUCAAAUCUUCUGCAUAAAGAGUUUUAAUCUUAUGAACAUGAUGAUGAUGAUGAUGGUGAUGACUGGCCGACGCACAUCCCUUUUUUUCCCCUUCUGAGAGAUGACGAAUAUGAGCGGGUCUAGCUGGGGAGCAGUCUUGGAGACGAGGAGGAGGAGGAGGAGGAGAAACCACUGGCUGUGACAGUGACAAUUGCUUCUCCCUUUCCCUGCCGCUUCAGCUUCUUCAUCGCCAUCAUCAUCAUCAUCAUCAACCUCAGCAACAGCAGCUUCAGCUUCAUCAGCAGCCGAAGCAGCAGCAGCAGCAGCAGCACUGCCAUCGACAGCGUGGAGAACAAAUAAGCCGCACGCAUCUUCAAGAGGCGCUCCAGUCGAGGGGGAAGAUGGGGAAAUGGCAGUUGACCGAAUGUAAGGAUCAAGAAAUCAAACGAGGUCUUCAUUUAUGAUACAAACUCGGGGUUUAUGCAACAAUAGGAACUAUUCAAAGAACAAAAGAUUACACCUUCUGACGUAUAAAGAAACAUGGAUGUAUCUUCAUCCUCUCUGCAGUACGGAUCAAAAAAGCGGGUUAAGAUUCACCCAGACACAGUUACAGUGAAGUAUGCCACUCACUUCCCCCAACCCGGCGAUGAAGGGUACGAUGACGCGCCCUCUUUUGAAGACUUUGGCGCCUUCGCGGAGGCUAAUGUGGGAAAGAGACUGGUUUCAGACAGCAAAGGUGGCAGGACUUUCUUUGGAACCAUGGAGACCCCGCCUAAGCAGCCAAGUGUGCAAAAAGACAAGGGGGUCGAGGGCCAGCUGGCCAGCUUUGGCGAGGCGAAUGUGUUGGCCUCCAGGGUGACCUGGAUGGCCUUGUUUGGGGCAGCGGUGGCCCAUGGUUGUGUGGCGCUGAUUACACGCUUAGCAGCCGACCGCUCCAAAGUGCCCUCCCUCGAGCUGCUCUUCAUCCGCUCCGUGAUCCAAGUGCUGUCCAUCCUGGUGGUCUUCUACUACCACGAGGCCCCAUUUGGCCCUAAGGGCUACCGGUUGCGUCUCUUCUUCUACGGUGUGUGCAACGUAAUCUCAAUCACCUGCGCCUACACCUCUUUUGCCAUAGUACCACCCAGUAAUGGCACCAUCAUGUGGCGUGCCUCCACCACAGUCUUCAGUGCAAUACUGGCCUUCCUGUUGCUAGAUGAGAGGCUGGGUUACACAGAUGUGGUCACCGUGGUGGGAAGCGUGUUUGGUCUUUGCCUGGUCAUGGUGCCAAACGUGGCAGACGAGGAGAAGUCCAGGCUGGGGUUUUGGAAAGAGGCCUUUGGCUACACAAUGACAGUGAUGGCUGGCUUGACUGCUGCCCUCUCCAUGAUCGUCUACAGAGCCAUUAAGGAGCGUGUCAGCAUGUGGACGGCACUCUUCACCUUCGGCUGGACGGGCACGGUGUGGGGUGCCUCCACCAUGUUUAUCAUGCAGGAGCCCAUCAUUCCUCUGGAUGGGGAGACCUGGGGCUAUUUAAUUGGGAUCUGUAUCUGCUCCACCGUGGCGUUCCUCGGAGUCUACUAUGCUCUUAACAAGUUUCAUCCAGCCUUAGUUAGCACCGUGCAGCAUCUAGAGAUCGUGGUUGCCAUGUUCCUCCAGCUCAUUGUUCUGAGGAUGAUCCCAUCUGUCUACGACGUCAUUGGAGGCCUGGUCAUCAUGAUCAGUGUGUUCACCCUGACAGGAGUCAAGCUGUACAGGGUGAGCAGGGCCAUUCGGCAGGAUUAUCAAGAAAUCCUUGACUCGCCCAUCAAAUGAGUUUUGAUACAUCAGUCUAUUUGUUUACAAUGUUGCUUGGUUGUGCAAUUUAAAGAAUGUCUGGAUCUUCAUCUGAUGAUUUUUGUAUUGUUGUGUUGUUGAAAGGGUGCCAGUUGUGUAACCAAUGUCUUAAUAUUUGUGUGUGAAAUAAAAAAAAACAAUCAAAUGUAAUAUGGUGACCAUUUCCCCCCUGAUAGUACUGCAUCAAUGUCAAAUUGUGUCAAAUGUCAGCAAAAAACAAGAAAAAAAAAACAAGAGUCAGUUUCAUUUUUGUGCUUUAUUUUGCUCCAACAUUUGAAACCAUAUUGAAUCUGGUCUUGUGAGUGGCAGUGUAAGAAGAUCAUUUGACUGAAAUGCACCUUUUAUGAUAACAUCAUCGAGGUGUGGUGUACCCCUCUGUUGUCACGCUACCACACUUGUCACACUGUGUAACUGUCAGCCCAGAAAAUCGUUCAUAAUACAUAGAAGGAAUGGAAGAAUAAAAAUAAAUACCACCCACGUUUCAUAAAAUUACUGGUAUUGCUUUUCUCAGCCUUAACCUGUUGAUCACAGAGAUGGUAUAAUUAAUUCAAAUAAAAUGUCAUUAUGUGCUGGGACAGAGGCCCACGUCAUAAACAAUAAUUUUAAUCUUAAUUAAUGUGCACAGGAAAACAAGCAAUCCACCAUAUACUAAUAUCUUGUGCACAAACUUUCUUACUGCCUCUCACGUAUGUUCUAGCUCCAGCACCUGCUUGAUAUUUAACACUAGUGUUUACAUCCCUGGACGCUGCUUCUGUUUACUUUCAGAUGCAUAUCAGACUAAUGCCCAGAGGCAGGUACGCUGUAUUGAAUUAAAGUCCCCUUUAACAACAUGAGACCGUCUGCCCUUUUUCUGUGGUGGACGAUUCAGUGGCUCGCCAGAGAUGCUUCUUUUCUCUGUGUAUAAAACCAGUCCGAGGCGGUCGGCCUCUGUGAUUCCCCCAAGGCAAAGCAACAAUGAUGGAAUGAAAUAAGGACAUGAUGAUGCAGAGCUGAUGAAAGAGGGCAUGUUGCAUGUUGCAGUUCAAAACUGACACAGCAUGGAUGUUGCACUAACAGCCCAGCAGGUGGCAUUCACAAUCCACUUCAUUACACAGUCAAAGGGGGCUGAAAUAUUACUUUAUUACUGUAAACUAUUGUGGUAAUCAGUGGUUGAUCCAGUGGUUAAUAACAUUUAACUAUGGACUGUUAUUGCACCAAUUUAAACACAAUUUAAACGCAUGACAUAACAGUUUUCAUUCAAGCCAUUUUCAUUGAGCGAGCAGAAGCGGAAGAAAGGUUAUUGGAUAGAUUUAUGGCUGUUUGUACACAGAACAUCACCUAUAAAAGUCUUAUGAAUUUAUGACACUGUGUGGAACUGAGUUAACACAUUUCUAUUGAAGCUGGAAAUUAUCAGCUUUGUGGUUAUGACCAUACAGCCGAGGCGUUGCUGAAAGCUUAUCAUUCUUUGUGAUGACAAUCUACUAUCAGUGAUGGCACAGUGAAUAAAAUGGUGAGUAAACUACAAGCUCCACUCAUUUACAACCAAAGGUUGAACACCACCAUCAAAAACACAUUACAAAGUGAAAGUGUCUUCUACUUUGAAAACACAUUAUGUCUGUCAUGUAAGGUUUUCUUUCAAAACACCAUGGUCGGUUACUGAAGUUUAUUUCUUUGGAACUAAAAAGAUGAAUAAACUGAGAUAAAAGUGGA